AAACUUAUUAAUCAUUUGUUAUCAUUUCUGUAUAAUCAGCAAUGAGUGUAAAUGUAUAUACAUUAUUGUUUUCCUCUAGCCUCAUACUUUAGAUUAUAUUAAUAAUAGCAUUCAGCUUGCACGUACCCUGAGUAUGUGCUCAACAGCUGCCCACCUAAGCAAAACCAGAACUUUCUCUUCUUGCUCUCACCUCCCUAUUUUGCGAGACCCCUGCGCCUCCCACUGACUAUAAAUAAAGGAGCUAAGGGGAACCACCCUUUGUAGCACAUUCUGCUGAAAGUGUGGGUACCCUUGCGCAAGUAAAACUUUAAAGCGUGUUGUCUCGUAAUUCAUAGUGUAUGCAGAGUUGGGGUGCAAAGCCUAGCGCUUUCUCCAACAUAUAUGAUUUGGAGUGUAAAGCUUUGCCGCUUUCUCCAACACACUCAAAAUAGUUGUUGGCAUGCAAAGUAGAAACUGUAAGACUAUAAUAAAAAAAAAGUAUGGUCGUCUACCAAAAAUAUUUGUAUACUGUGCAGUUGUUACAUAUUAGUUAUCAGUCAUGUUUGCCAUAUUCAGUACUCCAGAAAAGUUACUGUAAAGAACAAAGCCAAAAAAUAAACAAAUGAGAGGCAUAUUACAGUAUGAAAUCUGUCAUGUUCCAGCCUUGGGUGGACAGUGGGAUGGUUGUGCGUCUGGACAUUUUCCAUUGGAUCCACCGGUUUGACGCAGCCAUCCGAACAGAGUCUCACUGCAAGUACGCCAUUUUCAAGUCUGCUGUAGCUGGGGCAGUGCUGGCGUACAACCGCACGGACUUGGAGCUGCUCAUCAAGGCGGUCAGAGCCAAGGACCCGGCAGCGCUGAAGUCCGUGUCAGACGAGGAUGUAGUGCGGCUCUACAUAUCCAGGGAGCAGCUGAAACAUCAUGUACGGAGGGUCACACUCGGCGCUCAGGAAACAUUCCAGCUCAUCCACCUGGCCAUCGAGGAGCUUAAAGGUCCCGCCGGUCUGGAUGAGAAUGGAGUGAGCCUCUUCAAAACACCAGGUAUGGAAAAAAAAGCUAUUACAACACAAAUGCCAGUAGUGUGAGAAGUGAAGCAUAAAACACGGGAUGUAUCUAUUUUACACAUUUACAUUAAAUGCAUACACAGUGGCCAUUGAUGAGAUCUGGGCGGAGCAGCAGCGGCAUCUGGAGGGCAUCCAGGAUCCACCAGACAUGAGCAUGUAUAGGGUUGCACGUAACAACCAUCAGCAAUGUGGAUGUGCCCUAUUACAAAUGUCUGCGUGGAAGCAACAGCCUGGAAGGAUUCCACAAAGCUCUGCCGCACAUGAUUCCAAGUAUGAACGUGUAGUCUGAUCACUUCUAACAAAUGAAACAUGGGCCUGUUAUUAUUCCAACACCGUUAUACAUUUUAUUGUCAUGUCCAGGUCCUCACUGCGCAGCGCAGCCCUAUCAGGUUUACCUGCUAAGCGGCAUUGUGCGGUGGAACUCGGACAGGAGCUCGGAUGCCGUGUUUGGUGGCAGAGGACGGCACCACAGGACCUACUCUGCACCGCUGAUCGACCGCCUCAACACCCGCUGUCAGCAGCUGUUUGGUGAGACUGUGGAAGAGAAUUUCCGGACCCCUGCUGAUGUCCCUUCCGACGAGCUGCUUGGGUUAGAGUACCUGUUCAGCCAGAGCACAGGUGAAUCUGGGACAUUUUCCCUUAGCGGCAUUGUCGACGAUGGACCUGGUCCGGAGGAGGAGGUGGUUCAGCCCGGGCAGCCCGAUCCAGACGAGGCGUACGAGAGCAAUGUGGAGCUACAGGACGAUGUUCCGGAUGCUGUCCUCUCCCACAUCACACUCACCAGCGAUGAAACUUCCACUGUCUAUCCAUCCGGCGGGACCCACUUAUCGGGUAGGUCAGUUGGUGUGGCUGUCGACACGGAAUCUACGUCUCCCAGGGUGUAAGAAGUUGACCGCGCGGUUCCUCGGACCCUUCCGUAUCCUGAGGCGAGUGGGACCCGUGGCUUAUCGUUUACAACUCCCUAAAGUCUAUCGCAUCUGCCCUACCUUUCAUGCCUCACUGCUGAAAGCGGUGAAGUUCAGUUCCCUACGGCCCGAUGUCCCUCCGCUGGACGACUCCCCAGAGGACGUGCCUGAGGUGGACCCGGCCCCACGAGUCCGCUCCAUCCUGGAUUCUUGCCGCCAGAAGGGUCAACUCCAGUAUCUGGUCCACUGGGAGGGGGAAUCCCGGGAGGACAGUAGCUGGUUGCCGGCCAGCGCGAUUGACGACCCAGACCUCAAGACCGCCUUUCACCAGUCUCACCCCUCCCGCCCUGCUCCGCGCCCUCGGGGUCGGCCCCGCAAGCGUCUUCGGCCUCCGGGAGGCAGCCGUCAGGGGGGGGGUACUGUUAUGCCCCCACAGGCGGACACCACCAGCAGAGGCUCAUUCAGUGUACUGAGCCUAGGAGGACGCCUGCAGCCAAAAUCCUCUUCCUGGCUUUCAAAAGCUGGAAAGGUUCUGCUCUGUGCUGGUGGAGAUUGGCUUGGUAGACGACAAGCUGUCACUUAGCACAGAGCAGCGGAACAGGGUGCUUGAAGCCUGGAAUGCCAUGGAAGAGCAUGACAAACAUCCACAGCAGUUCAACCAGCUGUACAAAUCACAUUGGGGCAACACCCUUUACUGCCGCACUAAAAGAGAUGACCCCUUCGAGGCUACUGUAGUACAGCGGGUGAAGAUGGCCAAGCGGUACGCUCCAGCCCAACAUGACAUCAGCGCGCAGCACAACAGAAUGAUGUACACACUGGUGAAACUGUUGUGGCUGCACUCACCUCAAGGGUCUCGCACCAGCCCUGAGAAGACCUUUAUCUUAAAGGUGUACCAGCGAAUCCAGCACCGGAUUUUGGUGGAGGAUCCAGUUCUGUGCAAAGCUGGCAUUCCUCUGCCAAAGAUCAACACAAAGACCGUGCGGGACUUCAUUCGUCGCCAAGAGAGGCUUCUCAACAUGCGCGCAACAAAACAGCCUUUAACCAUCACAAAGACCACCUCCAUCUCAUCCGCUGACCUACCUCCGGCACCACACCAGCCAGCGGUCCUCCCUGCACCAGACUACCCCCUGAUGGAAUAUGUGCCCACACCCAGCACAGCAGGCACAAAGGUGUUAAAGGAAAGGACAGAUGUGGUGAUUCCACUCUCCCGGCCUCAACCACUACUGUCGGCACCACUGAGGAAAACCCCCCCCGACUUCUACCAUCACCAGACCUGUGACCUCCCUCUCUGCAUCUGCAGCAGCCCCUGUGAUUGCUGGUCCCUUCAUACAGCCCAUGAUGCUCGCCAGUGCGUCAGCUCCUCUGAUUGCUGGCCCCUCCACACAGCCCACAAUGCUUGCCAGUCAGUCAGCUCCUGCGAUUGUUGGUCUGCCCACCUCAUCCUGUGCAUCUUUGCCCAUGAUGCCCGCUUCCAAGACUGAAAGCACAUUCCACAGCACUGACAGUCCUUCAGCGUGGGCGAGAGCUACGCAGUAUAAGCGUAAACUGAAGGAAGCCCUCUCAGGUGUUGGAGAGAAACUAUCACGGAUACAAAAUCUCCCUGUUUGUACACUCUGUGGCCAACCGACCCAGGGACACAAGAAAAAAAAA